CCCAGCUCCGCGCCCCGGGAUCGGCCCGGGCGGAGCCAGCGCGGCGGCGGCGGAGGGGGGAAGCGGGGAGGCGGCGGGGCCCGACCGCACCAUGGGGGCCUGUCUCGGCGUCUGCUCCCUGCUCAGCUGCGUGUCGUGUCUCUGCGGCUCCGCGCCAUGCCUGCUCUGCGGCUGCUGCCCCUCGGCCAAGAACUCCACCGUCUCCCGCCUCCUCUUCACCUUCUUCCUCUUCCUCGGCACCCUCGUGUCCAUCAUUAUGAUAAUCCCCGGCGUGGAGAAGGAGCUACACAAGCUCCCUGGCUUCUGUGAAGGCAGCGGGUCGGUCCUGGGGGUCCAGACCAACAUCGACUGCAGCAGCUUCCUGGGUCACAAAGCUGUGUACCGCAUGGGCUUCGCCAUGGCCACCUUCUUCUUCCUCUUCGCCGUGAUGAUGGUGUGCGUGCGCAGCAGCAAGGACCCGCGAGCCGCCGUGCAGAACGGCUUCUGGUUCUUCAAGUUCCUGGUGCUGGUGGGGAUCACAGUGGGGGCCUUCUACAUCCCCGAUGGUGCCUUCACCUCAGUCUGGUUUUACUUCGGUGUGGUCGGUUCCUUCCUCUUCAUCCUCAUCCAGCUCAUCCUCCUCAUCGACUUCGCCCACUCCUGGAGCCAGCUGUGGCUGCGCAACGCGGGCGAGAGCAACGCCAAGGGCUGGUACGCAGCCCUUUGCAUCAUCACCUUCAUCUUCUACGCCAUGUCCAUCGCGGCCAUAGUGCUGCUGUAUGUGUACUACACCAAGCCCCAGGGCUGCACGGAGGGCAAGGUCCUCAUCAGCAUCAACCUCAUCCUCUGCCUCAUCGUCUCUGCUGUGUCCAUCCUGCCGAAGAUCCAAGACGCCCAGCCGCACUCAGGGCUGCUGCAGGCCUCCAUCAUCACCCUCUACACCAUCUAUGUCACCUGGGCCGCCCUGGCCAACGUACCAAUCCAGACCUGUAACCCCACGCUGCUGGUGAGGAACAGCACCAGUUCGGCGAUGGCCACCCAGCCGCUGACAACCUGGUGGGAUGCCCCGAGCAUCGUGGGGCUGAUAAUCUUCAUCCUCUGCACCCUUUUCAUCAGCGUCCGCUCCUCGGACCACCCGCAGGUCAACAAGCUGAUGCUGACGGAGGAAAGCGUGGCCGGGGCGGGCGGUGAGGCGGCGGCCGUGGAGAGCGGGCUGCACCGUGCCUACGACAACGAGCAGGACGGUGUGUCCUACAACUACACCUUCUUCCACCUCUGCCUCCUCCUCGCUGCCCUCUACAUCACGAUGACCCUCACCAACUGGUACAGGCCAGACGAGAGCUUGCAGGUGCUGACGAGCCCCUGGACGGCCGUGUGGGUGAAGAUCUGCUCCAGCUGGGCCGGGCUCCUGCUCUACCUCUGGACCUUAGUGGCUCCACUGGUGCUGCCGGACCGGGACUUCAGCUGAGGCGGCCCUGGGCAUCUCACUGCUGGGUUGGAGCCACCGCAGCCAUGUCCCUUGAGGCCGGGGACAGCCCCAGCUCUGCCUUAGCCUCGGGUUUUGCACACAGGAGCAGCUGUGCUGGGUUGAGCCUUCUUGUGGGUCUUCUGUUUUAAUCUGAAAGGGAUGAAGUGCCAAGCGGGGAAAAUCAGCAAGGGCUGAGAAAGACCUGAGGAUGCUUUUGAAGCUCUUAUCAUCUCCAUGUCUGUCUAGUGCCUUUGGCGGUGCCUCCAUACCCUCUUCUAGAGGAGACCACCGCCUUGCCUUGGGAGAGGUUGGUUUUCACCAGCUUUUUCUUGCUUGGUGCCCUGGGACCAUGGUGCCUUUUGGAGAGGCUCUGGGGACUGGCCAUGUACCAGGACCCAGGACGCAGCUGGUGUUGCCUCCCCGAACCACCUGGAGGAAAACAAAUCUCAGGGAUUUGUGGCUGGAGGCAUCCCCCCAGCUCCUGCCCAGCCGUCCCCGCGGGAGGACGGGUCCCUGGUCCUUGCUGGAGCACAGGUCGGGUUUCCCGCAGGCUGUGCUGGCGUGGCCCCAGCGCCUUUCCUCAUUAAUAAAGUCUCGUUUGGAAUAAA